AUGUUUCUGCGGUUUGUCAGUGCCAUGAGUGGUCUUUGCCUUUGUUUGAGUCAAAUGCCUUUUCUGCGUGCCUACUCACCAGGCGACAUCAUCAUAGGUGGGCUUUUCCCUCUUCACGUGACAACAAAUAGAUCCACGACGCCUGGGCCGCUCUUCUGUAGUGACUAUGAUGUCUCAGUUUUCUUACUCACUCAAGUAAUGAUACAUACUAUCGACCAAAUAAAUCUAAACACAUCAAGUCUAUCCAACCUAACGCUUGGGUAUGACAUCUAUGACACGUGUGGAGAUGUCAGUGUUGCCAUGUUAGCAACACUGCAACUGCUAAAGAGCCAGUCAAACCCCAAAAUAAAGGCUGUGAUUGGUGCAAGGAAUUCUGAAGUAUCAGUAGCUACAGCACGAGUUACUGCUCUGUCAUCACUUGCCCAGAUUAGCUACUCGUCAACCAGUGAAGUUCUCAGCAACAAGAUGAAGUUCCCCACUUUUUUGCGAACAAUAUCUAGUGACAAAUAUCAAACACAGGGCAUCACAGAGCUGGUGAAACAGUUCAACUGGAAAACAGUAGCUAUUAUAGGAAGUGAUGAUGAUUAUGGGAAGUCUGGCAGUGGCAGUCUAGAGACACUCUUUAGCCAAAGUGACAUUUGCAUUGAAUUUAUUAAUAUCCUGCCUGAUAACUUCAAUUCUUCAUAUCUGGCUGACCUUGUUCAUACUGUGAAUGAAUCCUUUGCAGAGGCCAUCAUCAUGUUCACCAAGGAGAUCAACGUUCAUAUGAUCAUGAAAGCAGCUGUUACAAACAGACUGAACAGAACAUGGAUUGCAAGUGAUUCUUGGGCCAAGUCUACAUAUGUCUCUACAAUUAAAGACAUUGUGUUGGCUGGCCAGGUGUUUGGAUUCAUCUCUAAGAAGAAUGAGGUGCCUGGUUUUGUAAACUAUGUCAAUUCAAGUUUCAGCAAAACCAAUAACACCUUUCUAGAGCAUUUCCUGACAUGUUGUUCUAAAUCUAAGGAGACAGGACAAAGUUGUUCUCUUACAAACGAAUUUGGAAAUUGUAAUAACAUAAGCUCCUUGGUGAAUUACAUCGAUUACGCUUCAUCAUACAAUACAUAUUUAGCUGUUCAUGUUGUUUACGAGGGUCUCCUAAACUUGCUGAAGUGUGGGGUCCAACCAUGUGAACAAAGAAACUUCACAGCUGCAGAGCUUCUGAUGGAAAUCAAGAAAGUCAACUUCACUGUGAACAACACACCUAUAUGGUUUGAUGCCAACGGAGACCCCAGUUUAGGAUAUGACAUUGUACACUGGAAUGUGACUGAAUCCAUCGUAGACUUUAGACGUAUUGGAGAAUACCAGCCAAAUUAUCCCAAAGAUAUAAAAAUCCUUAAGAACGAUUUGGUUAGCAAGCUGCAAAGUGUGACUGUGACUAUUUACAACUGCUCUAAAACAUGCAGACCGGGACAACAACUGAAAGAGCAAAACAAAAAGUGUUGCAAAAAGUGUGUUCCUUGUGAGGAUGGAGAGUACUCCAAUAAAAGUGCUCAGACCUGUACAGCUUGUGGUCCGAGACUUUAUUCAUCUCCAGAGAGAGAUCUGUGUUUAAUCAAAACCGAGGACAUGCUACAGUGGUUUGAUCCCCUCAGUAUUGUUCUGACUACCUUCGGGGGCUUGGGGAUAAUUGUCACCGUUGUUUUUGCUGUUCUGUUUAGAAUCUACCUUCAUACUCCCAUUGUGAAGGCGGUUGGGGGUAAAUUGUGUUUUCUGGAGCUUUUUUCUCUGCUGACCUGCUUCUGCCUUUCAUUCACCCUCAUAGGAAAGCCCACUAAGAUUUCCUGCAUGGUAGGUCUGCCUGUCUUCGGAAUUGCCUUUUCUCUUUGCAUCUCUUGCAUCCUGUCGAACCUGUUCCAAAUCUUAGUGGGCUUCAGUUUUAAAUUAAACAUGGGGUCCUGGUUAAAGAAACUCAAUCAGCCAGCAGCCGUGGUGACCGUUAUUUCUGGGAUCCAACUGGCCCUUUUUGUGUCAUGGCUGUACUUGUACCCCCCAUUUCCAGUGGAAACUAUAUUAAGUGACAUCAUCUUGCAUGAGUGUGAUAAUGGCUCCACUGCUUUCUUUAUAGCCACGACAGGCUAUAAUGCUUUCUUGGGUCUUACUUGUUUGAUAUUUGCAUUCAAAGGUAAAAAGCUGCCAGACUUGUACAAAAAUGCAUAUUUAAUCACUAUCAGCAUGUUGCUGUUUCUAAUCAUUUGGCUCCUCUUCAUCCAGAUUUACAUCAAUAACUAUGGAAAGAAAAAAACAGCUACAGAAGGUGGAGCUAUACUAAUUUCGAGCUACAGCAUCCUCCUCUGUCACUUGGCCCCAAAGUGUUACAUUAUGUUGUUUAAGAAAGAGCUUAAUAAUGAGACUGCCAUCACUGAGUACAUCAGGAAGCAUUUUGAGCGGAGAGAAACACCUGUAGUGAAUUCAUAAUUUCACCUGUACUUGUCAUUGUGAUCAGUUCAUUAUUUGUGAAGAUAAAUGCAAGUUUACGGUUAAAAUUUUUUCUUUUAAUUCUUAAAUUAAAAUGUGCUAAAUUAGGUGAUACACAAAGUAGGGUAAUGUUUUGACGUUUGUUUGUUUUUUUAUCUUUCCUAAUCUUUUCCUGAAUUGUCCUAAAUAUGAACAAUUCUGGAGGUUCACAAAUUGUAAAUAAUUGUAAAUAAUUUAACACACUGAAGAACAUAAAGUAGCAUAGAGCUAACGGAUGGAUGGAAGUCAGUCAGAGAUACUGUUAAUGCUUCUAUUCAGCUUGAAUUAAAAAAUGUGUAAUAAUAAUAAUUGAACUUUAUUGAUACCACAUUGGGGUAAUUAUCUGUAUUUUGACCCAUCCCUUGAGGGAGCUAGCUUGAAAUGCGUUGCUCAAGGACAUACUUAGUGCUCUGGUGGGACUUUGAACCUGAAACCUUUUGCUCCCCAACGUUCUACUAACCGAUGGACCAACAUGUAUAAGGUGUACUUUGUAAAAAUAUAGCUUUGAAAAACUUUGGAUUAUGAAUAAAUGAUAUACUAAAUUAUAAUAUAUACUACUUCCUUUGCAAAUAAAACAAGACCAAACACAGACUAAAUUUGAAAGAAUGUAUACAAAACCGUACUCAGCAACGUGCAUCCACAGUAACAUAUCAGAAUCCUAAAACAGACUCAGAACAUCCAUCUUGCAGGACAAUAGUGUAAGUUAAACAAGGUUUAGUGAAUUGUAACCAUGUUAUUACCAAAGAAAGAUAAAUUUCCCUUCAAUAAACAAAC